AAAUCAGUGGGCCUCAUCCUCUUACAGUCAUCUACCAGAUCUGUCUUCUUGUUUUGGUUGGUAGUUGUGUUGCAGACAAAGGGAUCUGAUACUUGGCCGGAGUUCACUGAUUGAAAUGAAACAGACCAUUUUCAUUAGAUAGAAUUCAAUAGAGGAAACAAUUUGUGACAGAACUUUUUACAGAAACAUAUCAAAUUCAAGGUAUAAACUGCUUUAAUGGGCCAUUGCACCUUUGGGAAUGUUGGGGGCAGAGAAUAUGCCAUGCAAUAACCCAGGAAAGACACAAAUCAGAGUCUGAACCAGCACAUGUAGAUGGAAUUUACUUUGUAAAAAGAGGGGCUGCAGACCCUGCAUUCACGCGGUAUACAACCCAAUUAGUCGGAAAUCUGCUGUAGUAAUACAAUUUAAUAAUGAUGUCAUCCAGAUGCCUUUUAAACCACAUGAUGAAGAAUGAUCGGUUGAGCUAUAUAAUGUCUGGGUCGAUGUUUUGUUCUUUUUAUCCAGACCACCACAGAAUUACAUGUUUCUGUUAAAAGAAUAGUUACUUAUGAGUUGCAGAUAAUGGGUUGAGUCAAGUGUAAUUCCUUGCAUCAUCUGUGCCGGGCCCUUAAUUGAUUAUUCAUCUAAUGGGAAAAAAAAGAAUUGAAAGGGUCAAAACAAAUGUCGCUAUUGGUGAUUACAGAUUUACACAUUUUAAGAGAGGUUUUGUUGCUUAGUGACACGUUGUGUAAUGUGGAAUGUGUGUGUACAUCUGUGAUAACACUUACCACACGGUGGUGUUGUCACAUUAUGUCACAAUGGUUUGCCACAGAUGCCGGGACUUAAAGGUUCAGUGUGUAAGGUUUAGGUGAAAGGGGUCUAAUGGAAGAAAUUGAAUAUAAAAUAAUCCUAGUGAUGUUUGCACUAGUGUGUGAUCACAGAAAUUGUAUGAAUUGUUGUUUUCUUUACUUUACCAUGGGCCCUUUAUAUUUAUAAACGUUAUACUAACAUCAGGAGUGGGUCCUCUCAAAGUUGUCCAGAUUGAACAAACUAAACACCUUUUGAGUUUUUUAAUGCAAUUGAAGGCUACCACAGCUUCUCUCUCAUGUUUUGAAGAUGGUAUUCAGCUGCAACCUGCAACUUCACCACUAGAUUUCACUAAAUUCUAUAGACCGCACCUUUGAGUAAAUGUUUCAUGUAUCUGCUCUUUUCUGAAGUAGUAUUCUGUAUUUUUCUAGUAGAAAACAAAACAGACCAUUGGAUUAGGGAAUAGGAUACAGAGUAAAUAUACUUUUAAUACUUAUUUUAAUUCAAUUGUUAUUUAGUAUAUUUAGAACCAAAUACUUGCUUUAAUUUAGUAGAAAAGUAUGGGGUGCAACUGCUCCCGUGCCAAACGUCCCUCCUGAGUGCUACUGUCAUUUACUGAUUUCUCCAAUGAAACUACUUAAAAUACUGUCAAAGUAAUUAAAUACAAUAUUAGAAAAGUUAAUAUGGUACUUUUACAUUUACUUAAGUAAAAUGUUGCAUGACUUUAUACAGUGCCUGUAAAACAUGGUACAUUUUUUAUUUUAAAUUUGAAAAUGUUCCAAUUUGCAGGCAAUAAAAUGUAGCCGGAGCAGUGGUUAAAAUUAUACUUUGUCGAAAACAGGAACAGAAAGUGUUGCGUAAUUAGUCUUCAGAAGAAGAACAUGUCCCAUCGCCAUUGUCAGGACCCUGUGUAAAGUCUGGUGAUGGUUUCCCAUAAGGAGCGAUUUGAGAUUACUACGGACCCUGAUUCGUCUGCUAAAGAUCUCGCCUGAAAGAGCCACACUAGUGAAGAUGGAACAGUAACUCCUGCCAUGUCAGGAAAAAAACUCUACAGACUGGUUGGUGUGAGUCUCGGACUCCUGUGUAUCCUGCAAGCUGCUCUCAACAUUUCCCUGCGUCUUGCUCUCUACAGUUCUGGUGCGAGGAAGCUAAAUUACAAGGCUGUGAUCAGAGAGCUGACAGAAGAGGGGGACCAGUUGAACAGGAUGUUGGAAAUAUUUGAUAGGAAACUGGUUGUCUUGAGCCUCGGACUCCUGUGUAUCCUGCAAGCUGCUCUCAACAUUUCCCUGCGUCUUGCUCUCAACAUUUCUGAUGCACCAGAUUAUGAUGCUGUAAUCAAGAACCUGACAGAAGAGAGGGACCAGUUGAAGAGGAACUUAAAUAUAUCUGACAUUUCUGAUGCACCUGAUUAUGAUGCUGUGAUCAAGAACCUGACAGAAGAGAGGGACCAGUUGAAGAGGAACUUAAAUAUAUCUGGAGCAUUACAAGGGACUUUGGGGGCCCCAGGCAAAGGGACCUGGAUGUCAACUCCCUACCCAAAGAAACACAGUUCUGGUGCACCUGAUUAUGAUGCUGUGAUCAGGAACCUGAAAGAAGAGGGGGACCAGUUGAAGAGGAUGUUGAAAACAUUUGGAUGGGUAUACUUCCGCUCUAGUUUCUACUUCAUUUCCUCUGACACGAAAUCCUGGGGAGACAGUAGAGACGACUGUCUGCAGAAAGGAGCAGACCUGGUGAUUAUCAACAGCAAAGAGGAAAACGAGUUCACAAGACAGUUCACAAGGUCCUUCUGGAUCGGACUGACUGACACAGAGACAGAAGGGACAUGGAAAUGGGUGGAUGGGACUUUGCUGAGCACAACAACAAGCUACUGGUACCCUGGGGAACCAAACCCCAAGUAUUACCCUGAUGAAAACUGUGGAGAGGCAAGGUACAACUACGAUGAAAACAACUGGAAUGAUAACAACUGUAAAAGGCUGUACUUCUGGAUCUGUGAAAAGAAGGUGGCUUGAUACCGCUGCACCCAUACGCACCACACUGGCAACUGAUCAGAGGAAGCGGCUCAUUAAAAUGCAAAGACAUAAACAGCCAAGCUACACUUUGACAUGUACCCAUAGUAAGAGGCACUUAUAGUAAAACGAAUGAUAUUUAGUUUGAUACGUUCCUGGGUCAUGGUACUGUAAAUGCUGCCUGUGUCAUUUGUUUUCAUACUGUAGCUUCUGUCAAUAUGUGGUUGCUGUUUUAACUAUUUGUUAUCAGAAUCACACUUUCUUAUGAAUAAAUAUUUUGUAACCACUUUGCGAAGUCUGAUUAGGUCACACAAUCAUAUUAUAGAUAGGGAUGUAGCUUUGAACAAAAUUACAUCACCCAUGAAUUACUGUAUCAAAUUAAACUCCUUUUGAGUUUUUAUGACAUCUGAAGGAUGCCACAGCUUCGUCUGUGACAAACAGCAACUGUUCAAGUACUGUCAUAUGGCUAACCUCCAGACAUCUACGUACCUCCUCAAUCCAUUGUUCAACUGUUAACAGAUCAACGGACAUUUAACCAGUGAACUUGGGGCAUUUACGCUCUCUAGAUACAUAAACAUAUCAGAGGUUGGCUGCUGAGAGAGCCUGAGACUCAUUUCACUGCCAGCGACUGCUUAAUGUUAUUGUCGUGCAUUUGACAAUAAAAAAUCUUGAAUCAUGAA